AAGGAAAUAAAUCUCAAAAGAUGGGUUUCCUAAAGAGGUUGAAUCGGUUUAAGAUUUUUCAACAUUCUUUCAAACAACCUGCUGACUUUUAUGCACACCAAAUAAAAACCCCUAAUAUGAUUUCAAAAAUAUCAGGACUGAAUGUGUUCAGUGAGGAUUUCACGGUACCCAACAAAUUUUUGUUUGGCAUCAUCUUGAUUUUGGGUUUCUACUUCUACAUCAAUGCAUCGUCGGCCUACGAAAUGCGCAACGAUACGGAAGACCUUAUCAACUCUUUGACUACAUUUGGAAUCGCGACGCAGGCUGUGACGAAGCUCGUCAUCUUCAUUAUAUUCCGGAAAGAUCUCAACUGGCUGCACAAAUAUACAGAACAACUCUACAGGGAGGAAUGCAACCCACGAACGAGAGAACUGCUAACAGGCAAUGUUUUUCUACUGAGCGUGAUUUUGAAAACGAUGAUGGUGGGCUACGGUUUUACAAGUUUUUCAUUGGAUGUUGCUCCUAUGUUGGUGUUGGCAUUUACCGGAUCCAAGUUGUUACCAUUUGGGUUCUACAUUCCACAUAUUGAUCGCUUUUCAUGGUUUGGGUACAUUAUCAAUUAUAUGGUGCAGAUAAUUCUAACAGUGUUUGUGACGUCUGAAGACAUGGGUCCGGAUUGUAUCUACAUGAUAAUAUCGAUGAAUGCUUUCACGCAAAUAGAUUUGAUUAUAGAUUCAUUGAAGGAAGUAAAUCGUCACAUUGAAGCAGGAGAUUUGGAGGUGGAUGAUCUGAUUAUAAAAAUAAUACAACGCCAUCAAGAGCACCUGAAAUAUUUACGAACGGUUGAAAUAAUAUUCCGCAUGAUCUUUUUUGCUUCCUUUGUAAGCUUAUCAUCGGUUUUGAUUCUAUCGUUAUUUGCAGUUGUGACGCUCGGAUGGUACCAAGGGAUCGUGUUCAUCUUAUUUGUCAGUUACCAACUAUUUUUUGGAUGCUUCCUCGGAACGUUUUUGGAAUUUAAGAACGAACAACUUCAACGGGAAAUCUAUACCAUUUCAUGGUAUAAACUGUCGAUUAAAAAUCAAAAAUCACUGCGAUUUCUCCUACAGUCAGCUCAAGAACCCGUCAAUUGGACGUUAAUUUUUGCACGAUUGAACAUACCUACGUAUUUGCAAGUAUACAAAACGAUUUACAGUAUUUUUACAAUGCUUCUCACCGUUCGGGAGGAAUAGUAGACAAGGAAUAGUUGUAAAGCAUCAUGAAAUGUGACUCAAUAAUCAUAUAAUAAAAGUUUGCUCAAACUACUGGAAAUUGUUUUCAGAUAUACAUUUGUUUCUUGACCAACACUUGAAAACUAUGUGUGUCGUAAAUUCAAACAAAACGUCGUUUUUAAGGAUGUGAUAAUUAUUUUAAGGAAUGUUUGCACUCGUCAUUGAAGCCCGUUGGCAAGAAAAACGUAUUUUUUUCUCUUGUUGAAAAUGUUUUUUGUAUGAGUUGCUAUGAAAAAUCAAACAUUAACAUUGUUUUUUUUCCCUUGUUUUCAAAGUUACAUAGUGUUUUCAAAAGUUGGUCUAAGUUUGAGAAAUGACAUAAAUAUUUGUAACUAGUACUAUACGUGUGGGUGUUUCUUAGCUUAGUGUUACU